AGAAUUUAUAUAUAAUUUUAUCCUUUACUUUUGGGUAAUUUUAAACACUAAGAAAGAAAAUAUAUUGUGAUCUAUUUGUGUAUUACGUAUUAGAAACAGCUCUCGUUCAGCUAUUAAAGAAAUCUCAUUGUAAACAGUGAAGGCUAGCUAUACCACCCGACCUGAAAUACUGAGUGAAGGAUACAGACUUGGGUCAAAUCAUUUAGUUAACCCAGAAAUAAAGAAGAAGCUAUCAUUAUGAAUUCAAAAGCAAAUGCCGGCAGGAAGUUAAAACAACCCAUCGCUGUAGUUCGUCGUGCAACCAUGGCAACGUGCAGAGAUGAAAGAAAGCCUCAAACUUCGGGUACUUUGAACCCACGAGCUAGCAGCAUCAAUAAACACACUGCAGCUUCGACCACCGCUAAACGACCAGCUACAACAACACAACCGACUCAGCAGAAGAGCUUAAAAAGACAAAAUUCGAACACUGAAAACAUGGUGCCUGCUGCAAAAGUAAGGAAAGGAGAAACUGUAACCGUUGCAAAAAAGAAAGGUGCUCCAAAAAGAGCAGCAUGGGAUUACAAGGGUCGGAUGGAAGAUAUGGAAGAAUAUAUGACAACAUUGAAGAGCAUACAACAAGAAAAUAUUCAGAGAAUAGAGACGCUGGAAUCACAGAAAGAUCAACUUCAGGGAAACGUGGUUCUCAAGGAAAAGGAAAAAGAGGAGGCAUCGGCGCUAAGCAAGGAACUGCAGUCUCGUCUGGAAGAGAAGUCACUGGCGGAGCGAGAAUUGCGUGAAGAAUUGGGAAGAGAACGGGAAGAGAAGGAUCGCGUUGAGCGGGAGAACGAGGAAUAUAAGUUUGAAUCAGAACUGGCGAAAAACGAGAUUAAAACAUUGAAGCAAAGAUUAUCAACUAUGACUACAGAAAUUUUGACUGUCAACACGGAAUUAGAGGCAACAAAGGUUUCUUUUAAGAAAGCGAACGAUGAGAUUGAGCGCCAGUCAGGUUUGAUAUCCGAGCUUCAAAAUACAGUCAAAUCCCGUGAGGAAACUAUUGAGGAGUUAGAAUGCAAGCUGAGGGAAGAAGAAACAACACGACGAAAGCUCCAUAACGCUGUCCAGGAAUUGAAGGGAAAUAUUCGUGUAUUCUGCAGAGUAAGACCAAGUUUACCAACCGAGGCUGACGUUCCGCUGACGAAGAUGGAGUUUGAGAAUGAUACAAACGUUGUGUUGUGUCAAACAAAUGGAAAUGAGUCAAUAAGUGGCACGAAGCGUCAAGCCAGCAACCUUCCAUUCAACUUUGACAAAGUAUUUCCUCCAGUGUCCUCUCAGGAAACGGUAUUUUCUGAAAUAUCUCAGUUGGUGCAGAGCGUGCUUGACGGUUACAAUGUUUGUAUCUUCGCAUACGGGCAGACUGGUUCGGGCAAAACGUUCACGAUGGAGGGAGAUUUAAGCGAGAGAGAGACUUGGGGAAUGAUACCUAGAGCCAUGGAGCAAGUGUUUUAUACUUGUGAAAAUUUGGAGAGCAAAGGAUGGAAGUACGAUAUGAAGGCGUCAUUUCUCGAGAUAUACAACGAGACGAUACGUGAUCUGCUUGCCACAGGUGACCCGAACGUAAAACACGAAAUCAAGCAAGUUGUGACAAACACCGGAAAGCAGGCGAACGAUGUUGAUGUCACUAACUUGAAAACAGUUACGGUGAAGUCUCCGAACCAGGUAUCAAGUCUUCUGCACAAGGCAUACGAGAACCGCGCCGUUGCGGCGACGAACUGCAAUGAGCGCUCGUCCAGAAGCCAUUCCGUGUUUCGGCUCAAAUUAACUGGAAACAAUGAUAUUACGGGAGAGCAAUGUCAAGGUACCCUGAGUCUUGUGGAUCUUGCUGGAUCCGAGCGUUUGAGUCAAUCUGGGUCGACUGGGGCGAGAUUGAAAGAAACUCAAAAUAUCAACAAGAGUUUGUCUAAUCUGGGUAUUGUGUUCAAUGCUUUGGCAAACAAGGAUUCCCAUGUGCCAUACAGAAAUUCUAAACUGACCUAUUUACUUCAAAAUUCGAUUGGUGGAAACAGUAAGAGUCUAAUGUUUGUCAAUAUCUCUCCUCGUGAAGAUUCUCUACAAGAGACUCUCAGCUCACUUCGUUUUGCGACCAAGGUCAACACAUGCAACAUUGGCACCGCUCAAAAAGUUAAAAAGAAUUAAAGACGCGACUAAAAUGACAUUAAAAUAUAAGUUUUAUCCUUUUAGAAUAAUAAGUGGACAUGUAUAUAGCAAGAGUACUCUGGCCUAAGUACCUUUGUGGAGUUUUGACUAAAGCUGUAAUAUUUUUGUAAAUAUUUUGCGAUUCUCAAAACUUGCACCAUAAGAAAUAUUAACUCGCGGUGUUAUUACAUUCGGGCCUCGGUCCUUAGCGUAGGAUGCUAAAUCGAUAACAUGCAUAAAGAGCAUGCAGAGAUGAAUUCUCAAUUCAUAAAGCAACUGCAAAAUCUAAUGUCCCUCUUUUUUGGAACAUUUUUAAUUAUUGCACUGGCCUGUUUUUCAGUCUGUCGCAACAUACUCUUAAUGUUGGAUCAAACUCGACUUUACAAUUCGACCCAAUUUCCCUCUAUGCAUGACGUUAUAUCUGCCGCUAUGUCAGCUACAUACAAUAAUAUAUGGGAAUGAAAGACAACAGUCGAAGCUAUCAAUUAUAUUGAUGCGUGCUGUCUAAUGGAGUUCUGUGCGCCGUUAUCAUUGAAAUACAUAUACAUUCUCCUGUGCAUCUCCAUAUACUCAUAAGUCCCAACUCCCCUUUAUGUAGUUGAUAAAGCAACAUGAAUGUGCCACUUCUAAAACUUCAUGGACUUUUGCCCAUGCAGAAAUAGUUGAGUUGGACGAUUUCCAAAACAAUCUGCCAUUCGAAAGGAACCCGACCUUUAUAAUCCUGCUUUAAAUUUGUAAAAAAGAAUGCCAACUAAACAGAUAUAUAGUAUUCUUUUUGGAUUUAUUGUCUUUAACCAAAACAACUACAUUUUUAUUGAUAUUAUCGAAAAGCAAUACUGAAUUGGCUUUGGUAGAUUUACUGCUUAGAAGUGAGUUGGAUCCAACAAAAUUGGAUCAUGUGAACAGACCUUAAAAGAAUGUGGUCCUUGUUAGGAAUUUGUGAUCAAUGCAUGACGUAUGAACUGGACAGGUUCUUGUAAUUCAGAUAAUUACUAUAUAAUUAUACAUACAUUUAUGAUCCAGCCCAGUCUUGUGCCAAACCAGUUUUAUACGUGCAAAAAAAUCGCAAAAUUAACUAUGAAUCUGGGUGACGCAAAUAUAUACGCUCCUUUGAAAUCGGUUGAAAAUCACUAUACGGUGGAUAACGCUAUAUACCCGGCUUUCAUACAACCGGCAAGAGAUCAUUAUGAUGAAAUUCAAGCUAGUGUUUAGCCAAUCCUAUGAUAAGUAUAUGAUUCUUUAUAGUAAAACUGAAUCUCAAAGCUGGCGUAUAUUUGGGAAACCCUGCAGAGAAAAUCCUUUAAGAUAUACAGUAGGAGGCAAAAGUUUGAGUCCAGUGACUGUAUUUCAUUGUUUUAGCAGCAUAUAUUAAU